AUGAUCAAGCUCGAGCGAAAGCAUGCUGACUUCUUCCUCAUUUCGACAGCCUCCCAUUUGGUCGCUACUAAGGACGCCGUCUUCGAAACGGGUGCUGGUGUCUAUGACGAGGGCAAGUACAUCCAAGUGGCCUUCGAGCUGACCGGCCAAGGCCAAUUCAUGCCCGUGGCGGCAGCUGGAGCAGCCCCUCACAUAGGCGCCGUAAACGAACUUGAGCAGGUUCUCGAGUAUCGAGUCGAGAUCCUGUGCUCUGACAGAAAUGUUGCAAAAGCCGCUGUGACAGCUCUCAAAAGCGCUCACCCUUACGAAACCCCGGCCUAUGAAGUUUACAAGUUGGAAAACAUUUAG